GGUAUACACGCAUACCAACUCAAAGAGCACUUUCGCAAACCCGUUUUGCAGAACAUUGCAUUUUAGAAAACAUAAACAAGUAGUUACAAUUUGAAUUUAAUUGAUAUAAAACAGAAAUAUAAUUUAACAAAGUGAAAUUAUAAAUCUGCCACAACGCCCCUCUUAUAUCACCCAACGAAAGUUAAACGGCGCAGUCGUCAUCUAUAGAAGUAUGGUCGACGGUAUUAUUAUGAUUCCCGGCUAACCAUGUGUUCCUAACCUUAUCUUAACCUCAACGAUAUAAAAGUCGACGAUUAUUUUAUAUUUGAAAUUAUGUCUGUGUAUCACGAUGAGGUAGAAAUCGAGGACUUCGAGUACGACGAAGACGAGGAAGUGUAUUAUUAUCCAUGUCCUUGCGGGGAUCAGUUUCAAAUAUCUAAAGCAGAGUUAGCUGCUGGAGAGGAGGAGGCUACAUGUCCUUCUUGUUCUUUGGUUAUUAAGGUAAUUUAUGAUAAAGAAACGUUUGCAAGCAAACAGGAAGAGCUUGUAAAAAGUGAGGAGAAAGAACUCGUGGCACAAAAAGCUUAAGGUGAAUUGAAAUACUUUGCGCGAUGUUCAUAUGAUUCUUGGGCAUUAAUUAAACUGUUGUAUUAGAUAUCAGAGGG